AUGUACGAGAUUGCCGACAAAUAUGAAGUCACUGGACUCAAGGAGCUGGCAUGCAAAAGCUUCACUCUUGCUUGCGAAGCUUUCUGGGACGACGAAGCAUUUCCCAUUGCCAUCAAACAUGCCUUCUCUACGACCAUAGCCGAGGAUAAAGGCUUGCGAGACGUCAUCAUCAAGACCAUCUCUAGCCACGACUCACUUGCACGCAAGGCGGAGGUUCAGGCUGUAAUGCUAGAGCAUAGUGACUUGGCUGUAGGUGUUCUACUGAAGAAGGCAGGCUAG